GGCAGUUGGGUUACAAUAUUUUUAUCGGCCAGGCAGGUUUCCUGUUUGCAAUCCUCGCGCUCACGGGUGCGGACGGAGCGACCGCGGCGGUGGGAGCGAAGGCUCGCUCGGCCCCGGGACCGAUCCUGCAAGCUCCCGGACGCUCCUCGAGGGGCCGAGGCGCAGAAACGCCGAGCGAUGUGACCCUACAAGGCCUUUCCCAGCUCCUCUCCGCAGCUGGCCCCGCUCUGCCGGGCGGGGACAGCGUGGGGGGAUUUCUCCAGGGACCUUGGAAGCAGAGGCGCGCGGAGCUUUUUCAUUCCUGCUGGUUUUCCUCAGUCUCUCCCCAGCGGAAGCCGGAUCCCAGGAAAAGAGGGGACUUGGAGGAAAAAAAAAAAUCCCCGCACGGUGGGUUGCAGGAGGGAGGCUGGAGCCGCGCAGGGCGGGGGUGCGGAGCGCAGCGUGGUCUCGUCCCACAGGGGGACGUCGCACCCGGAGCUGGGCAGAGCGAUGGCUGAGGCCGGGGGGGCCGGGGGGGCGACCUCCAACAGCACCCAGGAUGAAGCCUCACCGGCGGUCGCCCUGAGGCCGGGCAGCGUGGAGGAGCUCUACGAGCUGCUGGAGACGCUGGGCAGCGGGCAUUUCGGCGUGGUGAGGCGGUGCCGGGAGCGCAGCACCGGCGCUUUCUACGCCGCCAAGUUCGUGAAGACGCGGCGGUGCCGGGGCAGCCGGCGGGGCCUGGAGCGGGCGCAGGUGGAGCGGGAGGUGGCCAUCCUGCGGGGCCUGCAGCACCCCAACAUCAUGCGGCUCCACGACCUCUUUGCCAGCAAGACCGAGAUGGUGCUGGUGCUGGAGCUGAUGCGCGGCGGGGAGCUCUUCGACUUCAUCGCCGAGAAGGAGAUGCUGUCGGAGGAGGAGGCCAUCGGGUUCCUGGCGCAGAUCCUGCGCGGGGUGCAGUACCUGCACGCGCGCCACAUCGCCCACUUCGACCUCAAGCCCGAGAACAUCAUGCUGCAGGACAAGGACGUCCCCAAGCCCCAGAUCAAGAUCAUCGACUUCGGGCUGGCCCAGAAGCUGGAGGACGGCGUCACCUUCAAGAGCCUCUGCGGGACCCCCCAGUACAUCGCUCCUGAAGUGAUCAACUACGAGCCGCUGAGCUCCGCGACCGACAUGUGGAGCAUCGGGGUCAUCACCUACAUCCUGCUCAGCGGCUUGUCCCCCUUCCAGGGCGAGACGGACGCCGAGACCCUCUCCAACGUCCUGGACGGCGCCUACGAGUUCGAGGAGCACUACUUCAGCCAGACCUCCGAGAUGGCCAAGGACUUCAUCCGGCAGCUGCUGGUGAAGGAGCCGGGGGAGCGCAUGACGGCGUCCGAGUGCCUCGUCCACCCCUGGAUCAAGCCCCUGAGCAGGAAGCAGGCGGCGAAGCGGAGCCGCUCCUCCAUCAACAUGAAAAACUUCCGCAAGUUCAACGCCCGGAGGAAGUGGAAGCUCUCCUACAACAUGGUGUCCGCCUGCAACCGGCUGUGCCGCAUGCGGCUGCUCUGCGGCCCGAGGACGGAGGACGAGGAGCUGCGCGGCUGCGAGAGCGAGCAGGAGGACGAGGGCAGCCACCCCGCGACGCUGCUGCGCCGGCGGAGAAGCAGCUGCUCCUGAGCCCCCCCCUCGGGGAGGGGACCCCAGAACGGGGCCGGCUCACGAGAGGGGCCUCGGGGGGGCCCCCCCAUUCCGGUGGGGCCCCCUCAUGCCGGUGGCUUUGUGCACCUGGGAGCUGGAGCUGCUGCCCGACCCCAGUGUUCCCAGUCCCGUGGUGCUGGAGGGUUGCUGGGGCAGUGCCCCUGGACCGGUCUCUGCUGCUGGGAUGCCCCCCCCGGGGCCUCUGCCCCCCCCCCCCCCCCCCCGAAGCUGUCUCACAAAAUAAACGUGCCCCCAUCCUCGAGUCCUGC